UGGUGGUUUCGCCCAGAGAGGGAGGGAACGAGCAGUAGCUGUGUCCGUUUUUAAAAUAUACCGCUUAAUAAAUUAAUUCCUCGUCUUUUUAAGGAAUAUUGUGUUCAUCUCUUUUAAUUACUGGGAUUAUUCGCGUAGAAUCAAGGUUAGGAAGGAUGCCAUCUGUGAAGUACCAGAGAGGGGACAUGGUGAUGGGCCGCUGGCCGGGCAGCAGCCUGUAUUACGAAGUGAAGGUGCUGAGCUUCGAUGCCAAAAGUCAGCUUUACACUGUCAUCUACAAGGAUGGAACUGAACUGGAGCUCAGGGAGCAAGACAUCAAGAAUGCAGCUGGUUUCCAGACCCGUUCUCGCUCCCGCUCUCGAUCACCAGGCCGUCGCCGCAGUAGGUCACGCUCCCCGGCAAGGACCACACGGCGUACGUCCUCCCGAACGGCGGCAGCUGUCGCUGCUGCAGCGAUAACAGAGAACGCUCCGUCCUCGCGCAGAGACGCAAGGCUGAAGGAGGCACUCGAAGUCCGGCUCAGUCCCCUGGAUCAGACAAUACCCGCCGAGAACAAUAGCAACAAUAAGCAUGAACAGAAAGAGGAGAAUAACACUGCUAACAAAGUGAAUGAGGUGGAGGCGGAGCCUGAGAAGAACCAAAGCCGAUACAAUCUGCGCCGCAGGAAGGACGACGGAGAUGCCAAACAAGCCGAGGUCAAACCAGAGCAGCUGGAGGAGAAGGAAGCCAAGCUGGCUGCAGCGCCUGCUGCCAUCCCAACCCCGCUCGACUUUGGAGGGAAGAUAGGAGCGUACUUCUGGUUGCUCUUCCUGCCGGCCUGGGUUCUCUUCGUGGUACUCCAAGUAAACUUGGAAGACCCCAGCCUCGCCAACUUCCCCCCUCCUCUGCCCCCCCUCGAAACCUUCUGGGAUGCCCAGGCAUUUGGAUUUGUUGUCCUCUGGAUGUUAUUCCAGGCCUUGAUCUACAUCCUGCCAAUUGGAAGGCUGAGUGAGGGGAUGCCACUUAGGACUGGGGAACGGCUGAAGUACAGAACCAAUGGGUUCUUUGCCAUCCUGUUGAGUUCUGUCCUGGCUGCUGCAGCAGUGCAUCAGGGCUUUGACCUCACCUACAUCCACAGCCACUUCCUGCAGCUGGCCACGGCCUCCUUCCUCAUCUCCGCGCUGCUCAGCAUCUACCUGUUUGUCCGCUCUCGGUACGCUGCCCCAGAGCAUCUGGCAUUUGGGGGGAACUCUGGACAUGUGCUGUAUGACUUUUUCAAAGGACGUGAGCUCAAUCCUCGCGUCAAAAGCUUUGACCUGAAAUUCUUUUGUGAGAUGCGCCCUGGUCUGAUUGGCUGGUGUUUGAUCAACUUUGCGAUGGCGCUGGCUGAGAUGAAGCUGCAGGGUCUGGAUGCUCCAUCAUACUCAAUGAUCCUUGUCAACCUCUUCCAGCUUCUCUAUGUGGUGGACGGCCUCUGGAACGAGGAGGCCAUCCUGACCACCAUGGACUUGAUGCACGAUGGUUUUGGCUUUAUGUUGGCGUUUGGGGAUCUGGUGUGGGUUCCCUUUACUUACACCCUUCAGGCCUACUACCUGGUCAGCCACCCGAACCCGCUGAGUCUCCCUGCCCUCGCAACUAUCGUCACACUCAAACUUGUUGGCUUCUACAUCUUCAGGACAUCCAACUCUCAGAAAAACGCCUUCAGGAGAAACCCGUCAGACCCCAAACUGUCACAUCUGAACACCAUCCCCACGGCGACAGGGAAGAGUCUGCUGGUGUCUGGCUGGUGGGGUGUGGUCCGCCACCCCAACUACCUGGGAGACCUCCUCAUGGCUCUGGCAUGGUCGCUGCCUUGUGGUUUCAGUCACCUCCUUCCAUGGUACUACAUGAUCUACUUCAUCAUCCUACUCGUGCACAGAGACUCCCGCGACAUGACCGAGUGCAGGAGGAAGUACGGCUCGGCGUGGGACGAGUACUGCCGGACUGUCCGCUACCGGAUCAUUCCCGGCGUCUACUAAGAAAAGUGACGGACUCUCGCCCUCUUUGUCCCAGCGUGACGCCUGAGACGCCUCACUAGACAAACCCAAAACAGCCAACGGAUUGACCGACUGAUUUGUAUUUUAGAUUUUAUUUUUUACCAAGAGUUUUUAAAAAAAUCUCCUCUGUGGACUUGAAGGCGCUGCAGAAUAUUUUCAGGAAAACAAAGAUGCUCAUUGGUUUAACGGACUGUUUGAAGAAAUGCCUUCUCUCUUUUUAUUUUUAUCUAAAAAAACCUCCAAAUGUUGGUUCUAAAAGUUUACAAAAUGGGCAAGGAAAAAGAAAAUGCCUCUGCUUGGGACGUCUUGUUAGGAUGUAUAUUUUUGUAUAUACUCAUUUGUUUUUAUACCGCAGGAAAACUCCCAGCGUGCAUCACUUCUGCUCAGUUUCCCUCUCCGCUUCACGACGUUCAGCUCGGCUGUGAUGAAGCGCUGCGUCAGAAUGUCUUCCUGCUACGUGUGUGUGUGUGUGUGUGGUGACGCUGGGGAUUGAUGAUGACUACAGCGGAGCGAGGACUUCGACCUCUCUCAGGACGCGGAUCAGAAACAAAGUGUCUCCAUGAAUUUCUGGUGUAAAAUGUUUUUAUAGAAAUCUAGUUUUGGACUUGAGAGUGUACAAAUGAUUUUGGUGGUUUCAGGAGAGAUGCACUAAUGUGUGUCGGGUAUUUUAUUUUCUUAUAUUAUGGAUUCCAAAGUGUGUUUGAUUUGGCUUUGCUACCUCAGGUUCACUCACUGUCCAGUCCCUCUCCCCCACCCCUGUCUCGUUUCCCCUGUGGGCGACAGUGUGUGACAUUAUGAGUGUGACAUCCCAACUUUAGAAAAAAAACACGAUUUCAACAAUGAUGUUUCUGUCUGUUCUGAACAAGCCUCAGCCCCAUCCUCACUUCACAUUACCACUUUUGUUAUUGCGCUCAUGAAACUUGUAUCUCCCCGCUACUUCCUGGAUCACGUCUUUUAUCGUGACUUGUUUUUUUUUUUGUUGAUUUUUGUUUUCCAUCACUGCCACAUGAAUGAAGCUUUAAUGUUCUCGGUCAUCUGACAUUUCAAAUGAAGUUUAUAAACUGUGACGGCGCGCGGGGCUCGUGAAUGUGCGUGCAUUUAUAACCACUGCUUUUUACAAAUAAGUCUUUUUUUACGCUCGUGCAGCUCAAGGCGAGGUCAGAAGUAGCGACACAGCAACUAGACGUGGUAGCGUUUCUUUUUCUGCUGUGCUGACUGAAAACCAUGUAAAUAUAGUUUGUUUUUAAUCAUGUUGUUUUUCCAACACGUAGCCAUCAUAGUCAUGUUCCUCAUUAGAUAUUUAAUUUUGCUUUUCUUAUUUUGUCAUUUUAAUUUGGACCGGAGAAGUCUGACACCUGUCACCUGAUCACACAGGAAACACGUUCCUGUUUGAACACAUCACUCUUUGUUAAAGAGAGCAAUAAUCUGCUUCUGGGAGAAAACAAUGAAGAGUCUCUUGGUUGAUCGGAUUGUUCCAUGAGGACAAAACACAUCUGUUAUAAAAAAAAAAGAAGCUUAUCUGUACGAAUGUUGCAGCAUGGAAUAAAGAUUUACAGUAUUUCUUUA